UUCUGAAUUGAAAAUUCUCUCCGAAAUAUAAUUUAAAAAUGUUAAAACUUCUCUGUGUAUUCGCUAUUUAUUUUGCAGUUAUAUAUGCACAAGAGAGGAAAGCUGAAAUAUCAUGGGGACGUAUUAUAAAAGGAAAAGAUUAUCCUGGUGUAACUAUAACAUCGAGUAAGGAGAAAACUGAUAUUACAUGGAACGAACCAGUAAACGCACAAAUAAAUCCUUUAAAAGCUACUUUCAGCAUUAGAUUUACAGAUACGAAAAAAACUCAAGAUGCCGAACUUGCCAAUUUGUGUGGCGAUGUUAAAAAAGGCUCAUUCGAAGAAAGGGUUAAGAAAUUCGCUUUGAAAAUAAUUGCAAAUACUGAUGAUUGUCCGAUAAAAAAGGGUGCAAAAGCAACUUUCAAAGUACCUUUAUCUUAUCCGUAUACAAGUGAUAAAAAACUUUGUGGACCAUAUCGAUCUGAAUUGAAAAUAUUCAGAGCAAGAGAUCAAGGCAAUGCACUUCCAAUUAUUACCGGUAUUUUUCGUGGUAAUGUCACUGGCUGCUAAUAAGAUUCGUAAAUGAACAACUGUCCUAAAUAAAACUAAUUUAAUAGUUUUCUUUCAAACUAAGACAGUUACUAUUGCAAAAAAAAUUAUAAAUCUGUGGUGUGUUAUUAACUUAAAAUAAAUGUGUUUCAUCAUAA